AUGUCGACAGCAACAGCGCCCGACUCUCGGGACAUCCUCGGCAACGCCCGCUUCUCGUCCUCUUCCGGAUCGUCCUCGUCCGCCUACGCCGACGCACCGGACGCUUCCUCGAUCCUCGGCGCCACUUCGAACAUCGACCCCGCCGCACUGCAUCCCCUCGCCGGCUUGAUCGACAGCAAGGACCUCGACUACCUCGCCUUGGACGACGAUAAACUGUCCGGCGUCGAAGGCGGCCAAUCCGUACUGCCGAGUCGAGGUUGGAGUGACGAAUUGUGCUACGGAACGGGCUCGACCUACCUCUGUGGUGAGCGAUCUUUCACAUCUUUCGCUCUUUCGCGGGAGGAGAGAGGCCUCGUGCUUAUGCUGAUGUUCUCUUCUCUUCCCAAUCUGAUCGUCUGACUUGCCCGCUGCACAGGUCUGGCCGGAGGUGGAAUCUGGGGAUUGUACGAAGGUUUCCGACGACCGAUCUUACCCAAGGCCGGCCAAUCGAUCCCUAUCGGCUCCAUCCACUCCGCCGCCGCCGCCGCCGCGACCUCGACAGCAACAUCACCAGCGGGAGUCCCACCAGCCUCUUCGAUCGGUGCUCAAGCGACCGCAUUCGCCAAACAAGCCGCCGCCGCUUCGUCCACUCCCAAAGGCACCGUCCCCCCCGAAGCCGCCGCCGGUUCCGCCGCGGCGAAUUCGGCGAGCAAGAUCUCGCGCCGAUUACGUUGGAACCACGUGUUGAACCAGGUCACGCGUCGUGGUUCGUUCACCGGUAACAACGCCGGUGUCUUGGCGCUCAUUUACAACGGUUUCAACUCGACCCUGGAUUCGUACCGAGGCGGCAAGCACGACAUUUACGGUUCGAUGGCGGCGGGUGCGAUGACGGGCGCUUUGUGGAGGUGUACGGCCGGGGUCAAACCGAUGAUCAUCUCCAGUGGUCUUUUGACCGUCGGCGCAGCGGCUUGGACAACGGUCAAGCUUCAGUUCUUGUAA